UUUUAAAACAUUCAAUGCCAAAAUUUACCAAAACUUUACACAAUUCUUUUUAGAAUUUCGAGCACCAGGUGCGUACAGUCAAACUGCCGGUUAUGGAUUUACUGGUCCUAGAUCCCAGGGGUUCGGAAACCGGAUGAUGGGACCCGGGGGUCCAGGAGGUCCUGGAGGUCCAAUGGGACCAGGAGGUCCCGGUGGACCUCCCAGGUUCCGAGGACGGGGUCGAGGUGGACCUAUGGAGCGGGGAGGACGAUUUCCGAUGGGACCUCGUGUUCCUUUACCAGAUCAGGAUGAGGCUAUGCCGGAGGAUGUUAAAGCAAGUAUAGAGAACCAGAAGUUCAAACUUGACAAGACCCCCGGAGUGAUCGUCAAGGGUGAGGACGGAAGUUUGAUAAAGAUCGCUGCUCCUGAUCCUAAGGAAGAACUUGACCUAGACUCCGCCCCGGACCCAACCCGGUUCGACAAGUCAGUGCAGGGCAUCCUUAACGGAAGAAACGCUGCCAUGUACGUCGGAUUGGAGUGCAGGAAGCGCCAGUGGGAGAUAGAGUUUGAAUGCCUGGAGGCUGAUGGACCAGUACAUAAUCGUGUGUACAGCUACUCACUUACAGUUGGACCACCGGGCAGUGACGACGUACUUGUCACGUGUGGCAUCGCCAGGGGGAAGAAGGAGGCAAAGCGACGAUGCUGCGAUGCAAUGGUCUUAAAACUGGACGAUUUACCGCCGGCACCGCCUUUGCCGAUGCCAAUGAUGCAUCGGGGAAUGAUGAGACCUGGUUUUCGGCCACGACUCCCGCCGCCGGAAAGUGAGGACGCCAUUUUUAGAAAUUACGACAAAACAGCUUACGGUGACGAUCAUCCGAAUAAGAAUCACCCAGUGUUUCAACUUUGCUCGAAAGCGAAGAAAUCUCACUGGCCACCGCCCACCUUCGAACUUGUAACAGAAAAGAUCGUGGAUACUAUAAGGAACAAGCACGGGAAAAGUAACACUAUGUUGUACACUUACAAAGUUACUGUUUGGCCGGGUCAAGGGCAGGUUGAACCAAAAAUAUUUUUUGGAUCUGGUCCGACCAAAAAAGAUGCAAAAUUUGCUGCCGGAACUAUUGCCUGGGCGGCAAUUAUGAACCCGGCGGCGGUAAAAGCAGCAGCGCAGGCCUCAGAAGCAGCACAAGCAGGAGUAUCAGGGGAGGAAGCUGCUCAGCUGGCUGUUAAUAUCGCAGCACAGAUAACUGGACCCAAGUUGAAGAGUGCACAGCACGUGACUGAAGAGAAAUGGCUACAGCAGGUCGCGAAGGCAGCGGAGAAGAGCGUGGACUUGAAGGAAGAAAUUGAACAGCUAAAGGCGGAGAAGGCGAAAAAGCUGGAAGAAGAGGAGGCUAAGCGCAAGGCGGAGCGAGAAAAGAGAAUGGCGGACAGAGAGAAACGUUUGGCGGAGAGAAAGAACCGAUCAAGGUCAAGGUCCAGGACAAGAAGGUCCAGAUCUAGGACCAAAAGGUCCAGGUCCAGGUCCAGGACCAGAAGGUCCAGGUCCAGGACAAAGAAGUCCAGAUCCAGGACUAGACGUUCUAAGUCCAGAUCAAGAUCUAAAAGAGAUGAUAGGAGAACCUCAAGGGGAAGAUCGGAAUCCAGAAUUAAAAAAGAACGAUCAUCCAGGGAUCGAUCUGGAACCCGAUCGAAGAGAGAUCGGUCAAGAGAACGCUCGAGCACUAGAUCUUCCCGCCGCGAUGAUCACUAGAUGCAGAAGAAAUGCGCGAGGAAAAAAUGGAACCCACUUGUGUAAUUGCUGCACAGGGUGUUCCAUAAAAAAAACAGUCGAGUCAGGAACUUAAUGGACACCCUGUAGAAUAAUAUUUCGUGUUGCACAAAUAAUGAAAAUUUUCACUGUU